UGACCUAAAUCACAAUUUUUAUCAUUCACCCAGUCGACAUGUAAUCGCAAAUCAGACAAUUUUUAUAACCAUAAUACAACACACUUUGAAAGAAGGUAUCGAACCGUGCUCAAAGACUAGACCACAAAUAAUGAUCUGCUCGAACGCGCCCGCUCUCUCGCUUUGCCUGCCAGCAAAACAUUGUUGAGCGAUUAUGAGUUUAUGCAACGUGUUCACCUCGGUGUGCUGUGUACAGUAAACACUACACAUUGUUACAAUGCUUAUAAGUGAAUUCUUCAUUAUGGUAAAUCAACCAACGUUAUUGUCAUCGCAACUUUUUUACGAGAACAGGGUGGUAGAAGUGACUCUGAACCGCGUUAUGUUGGGAUUUUGGAAGGAGAUUGAGACGAGGAGAAAACGCUCUGCGAGCUUCAAUUGUAUUUCUAAAGAUGCAGACCACCAUUUUCUCCUGGUGUCAGAGAUAGUUGGUGCCAGAGAGACUGAAGAGGAAGACCAAACAAACAAAGAUGGUGGAAGGAAGCAUAAAGUUCUGUUAUAUCCGUAUGCAUUUACAGUGUCCUACACGGAGAGGACCAAACAUCACUGCUGGCGGUGUAAAGACAUCAUCUUCCAUUGCUUAGACGAGGCACAGCGUCAACAGUGGGUCCAGACGAUCAACAACCAGCUCUCACUACUCAGCAUCCGACCGAAACGCUUGCUAGUGUACAUCAAUCCCUACAGUGGAAAACAACGCGGGAAGUGGAUUUACGAGCAGAGAGUAGCCCCACUCUUCUCCCGAGCCUCCAUCUCCACCGACGUGAUCGUUACGGAGAGUGCCAAUCACGCCAGGGAUCACUUGAAGACGGAGGUAGAUCUGAAGCAAUGUGACGGGGUGGUGUGUGUGGGAGGGGACGGGAUGUUCAGCGAGGUUGUCCACGGCCUGGUCUCUAGGACCCAGAGUGAUUCCAGAGUGGACCAGAACCAACCGAACCAGGACCUGGUUCCAUGUGCGCUCCGCAUCGGAAUCAUCCCUGCAGGUUCGACUGACUGUAUCUGCUAUUCUACAACAGGCACCAACGAUCCAGUGACUUCAGCCCUGCACAUCAUCAUGGGUGACUCCCAACCCAUGGACGUGUGUUCUGUCCAUCACAACAACACCUUCCUCAGGUACUCCGUCUCGCUGCUCGGAUACGGUUUCUACGGAGACGUGCUGACGGACAGCGAGAGGAAGCGCUGGAUGGGGCCUUCCAGAUACGACUUCUCAGGCCUAAAGACGUUCCUGACCCAUCAGUAUUAUGAAGGGACCGUCGCUUUCCUGCCCGCAGAGGACAACCUGGGGAACCCUAGAGACAAGAUCAAGUGCAGAACUGGGUGCCAUAUCUGUGAGCAGGGUGCCAACAAUGCGCACCUCCUCUCAGGGGAUCAUGUCCACAAGAUGGCUGAAGAGAACUCUGACAAGGAGACCAGCGGUGAUGGUGUAUGGCGGGUGAUCCGGGGGAAGUUCCUAGCAAUCAACGCUGCCAGUAUGAGCUGUGCCUGUCCUCGCAGCCCUAGAGGCCUGUCGCCCUAUGCCCACCUGGCCGAUGGCACCACGGACCUCAUCCUGGUACGCAAGGCCUCCCGCCUCGACUUCCUCCGACACCUCAUACGACACACCAACAAGGACGACCAGUUUGACAUGUCCUUUGUGGAGGUACACCGUGUGCGGCGGUUCCGUUUUGUUCCAAAGCACAGCAGCGUGAUCUCGGAGGUGGAUCUGAGUGAGACCAGUGGGAAGAAGAUCUGUAACCAAGUGUGUACGGCCCAUCCCAACGACGACACAGGCCAUAGCAACUGGAACUGUGAUGGGGAGAUCUUGCCUCAUGCGGAUAUACAAGUGAGUGUUCACUGCCAGCUGAUCAGACUAUUUGCCCGAGGUGUCGAGAGGGGGACCACGUUUGACACUUACACAUGUUCUGUAAUAGAAGGAUCAAGUCUCUCGUGGCAAGCUUAGGGUGACCAACUGUCCCGAAGUGUGCUAGAAAGUCCUGCAUUUGGACCCUUUAUCCCUCUUCCUGCAACCACACAUGCGUGUCCUGCAUUACUUUCUUAUUUUUUUUAAAGUCGGUUUGUCAUGUAUUUCAGACUUCCCAUUUAUUCGAUGAGAAUUGCCAUCAGCUUGCGCUUUUGACAAGAAAUACAGGCUAUCAUAUGGAGCUUUCCCUUCCCAGUCAAGUAUCUCUCCUGAUGCAUCUCCCCGCAGAACUUAAGCGAGCAUCUACCGCAAUUACACAAGAUUGUAGUACAGGUUCCCGAGAAUAUGGAGACCCAUGAUGAGAUGAAAGAAAAGGAGGCGUCUGUUCUAUGUGCCUCAAUCAAGUAUGCGACUGACGUUCUGCGUGGACGUCUACAGACAAUGUGAUGGAAGUAGAAAUCACUUAGCUAGACUGUCAGUAAUGCCUCACUGUUUCUACGUACCGCUGUGAUACAAUGUGAGGGCAGAGGAACUCAUGGGUAAUCAGAGGUCCCGAAGUGGUUUUGCUUUCCCAGGAAGUAUCGCACCUGUGGCACAGAGCAACAGUUUGUCUAUAUAGAAGUUAUUUAGUUAAGACUAGUAGCC